AUGAAAGUUGGAUUUAAAAGAGGAUGUAGGCCUUUAAUCAGGGUUGAUGGUUGUCAUCUAAAGGGUGCUUUCCCUGGAAUGAUUCUAGUUGUUGUUAGUAAGGAUGGGAAUAAUAACAUAUUUCCAGUGGCAUGGGGAGUAGUGGAGGUUGAGAAUUCGGAUAGUUGGAUAUGGUUCUUAGGGCAGUUGAUGAAAGAUGUUGCCCAUUUGAAUGGUGAAGGCCUAACUUUAAUGUCAGACCGACAGAAGGGGCUGUUGGAAGCCAUAGAUGAGGUUGCACCAAAAGCUGAAGUUAGAUUUUGUGUGAGGCACAUUUGGGCUAAUUUCAAGCUCAAGUUCAGUGGCACGACAUAUAAAGAACAUUUCUGGAAAGCUGCAAGGGCUAGUACUAAGGAUGCACACAAAUAUUUGAAUGCAAUUCCACCACAACACUGGUCUAGACAUGCCUUCAAUACUACAUCCAAGUCUAACAUGCUUCUUAAUAAUAUUUGUGAGACAUUCAAUGCUGUGUUAAAAGAUGCUAGGGACAAACCUAUUAUUACUUGCCUAGAAUGGAAUAGAAGGUAUGUAAUGAAGAGGAACACUGAAAAAUGGGAGGGAAUACAGAGUUAUGAAGGAAUACCAUGCCCACAUGCAUUUGCUUGUAUUGUUAAGAGAAGAUUAAGGCCGGAAAGAUACCUACAAGCUUAUUCACCUUACAUAAGGCCAAUGCCUGGUGUAAAACACUGGGAAAAAUCUUCCCUUGUACAACCAGGGGCACCGAUCAUAAGCAAAAUGCCUGGAAGACCAAAACUUAAAAAGAGGAAAAAAGAAGCUGGUGAGGUGGAGGAAGAGAUGUUUGUGAAAAGGGGGAAGAGACAGAACAAGUGUUCUAACUGUGGUCAGCCUGGACACAAUAAAGUCAAGUGUAAGAAGCCUCCGGUUGUCAAGGAACCUGAACCUGUACAAAAGGGUGGUAGGCCUGCAUCCAAUGAUCCUUAUGUUGUUGCACAAAGGAAGAAGAAGGCAGCAAGGGUGAACCAGAUGACAUAUGAUAUAGGUGCUUACAAUUUCUAUGCACCAUUUGCUCCUCCACCGUGCAGUCAGAAUAGUAGCCACCAUCCAUCCACAAGCGCGAACGUACCUACCAACAACAACCCCAAAUCCAAGUUGCAGACUAUUGUUAGGUUAUGA